GUCGCUUUCCUCCGCGCAGUUGCCCACAGACCCGGAAGUGGAUCGUGCGGAGCAAGCAUCACACCAUGGCGUAUGAGUGUUCCUCUGUGUAGACUCAACCUGCGCCUCGCCGUCCCCCAUUCGCACACCCGAUGCCCGGGGGUCGCUACGGACUUAAAAUCUCCGCACCGCACCCUCCACCUCAGAAACGUUCCUGGAUCCGAACACUGCCCCCUGACGACCUAGAGAGAUCCCGGCUCCCAGCCCACUGAGUGGCUUCAGCCUCGCUGGUAGGUCUCUCCUCCAAAGCUCUGGAAACAGACUCCUGGGAGUGAGAGGGAGGGGAGCGCAGGCACCGCCCCCUUUCCCCAAGCCCCCCGCCCACUUCAUCCCUCAGGCACCUCCCAACUCCUGGCCUCUCUGCCUACAGGGGACCCAGCUCUUCUUGCAGCUUUUGGAAGCUGAUCACCUGGAGUGAAGACCUCACACAAGUCUGGAAGAAGAGGAAGAGGAAAGAAAAGGAGUCAGGGAUGGCCCUUACUCAGGUACGGUUGACAUUUAGGGAUGUGGCCAUAGAAUUCUCUCAGGAGGAGUGGAAAUGCCUGGACCCUGCUCAGAGGAUUUUAUACAGGGACGUGAUGUUGGAGAACUACUGGAACCUUGUUUCUCUGGGACUGUGUCAUUUUGAUAUGAAUAUUAUCUCCAUGUUGGAGGAAGGGAAAGAGCCCUGGACUGUGAAGAGCUGUGUGAAAAUAGCAAGAAAACCAAGAAUGCGGGAAUGUGUCAAAGGUGUGGUCACAGAUAUCCCUCCUAAAUGUACAAUCAAGGAUUUGCUACCAAAAGAGAAGAGCAGUACAGAAGCAGUAUUCCACACAGUGGUGUUGGAAAGACACGAAAGCCCUGACAUUGAAGACUUUUCCUUCAAGGAACCCCAGAAAAAUGUGCAUGAUUUUGAGUGUCAAUGGAGAGAUGACACAGGAAAUUACAAGGGAGUGCUUAUGGCCCAGAAAGAAGGUAAAAGAGAUCAACGCGACAGAAGAGACAUAGAAAACAAGCUUAUGAACAAUCAGCUUGGAGUAAGCUUUCAUUCGCAUCUGCCUGAACUGCAGCUAUUUCACGGUGAGGGGAAAAUGUAUGAAUGUAAUCAAGUUGAGAAGUCUACCAACAAUGGGUCCACAGUGUCACCACUUCAACAAAUUCCUUCUAGUGUCCAAACCCACAGGUCUAAAAAAUAUCAUGAACUUAACCGUUUUUCAUUACUCACACAAAGACGAAAAGCAAACAGUUGUGGAAAACCUUACAAAUGUAAUGAAUGUGGCAAGGCGUUCACUCAGAAUUCGAACCUUACAAGUCAUAGGAGAAUUCAUAGUGGAGAGAAGCCUUACAAAUGCAGUGAGUGCGGCAAAACCUUUACUGUUCGUUCAAAUCUAACUAUUCAUCAGGUCAUCCAUACUGGAGAAAAACCUUACAAAUGUCAUGAGUGUGGCAAGGUCUUCAGGCACAAUUCAUACCUUGCAACUCAUCGGCGAAUUCAUACUGGAGAGAAACCUUACAAGUGUAAUGAGUGUGGAAAAGCCUUUAGAGGACAUUCAAACCUAACUACCCAUCAGUUAAUUCAUACUGGAGAAAAACCGUUCAAAUGUAAUGAAUGUGGCAAGCUCUUCACUCAAAAUUCACACCUUAUAAGUCAUUGGAGAAUUCACACUGGAGAGAAACCUUACAAGUGCAAUGAGUGCGGCAAAGCCUUUAGUGUUCGUUCAAGCCUAGCAAUCCAUCAGACAAUUCACACUGGAGAAAAACCUUACAAAUGUAAUGAAUGUGGCAAAGUCUUUAGGUACAAUUCAUACCUCGGAAGGCAUCGGAGAGUUCAUACUGGUGAGAAACCUUACAAGUGUAAUGAAUGUGGCAAAGCCUUCAGUAUGCAUUCAAACCUAGCUACCCAUCAGGUCAUCCAUACUGGAACAAAACCUUUCAAAUGCAAUGAAUGCAGCAAGGUUUUCACUCAAAAUUCACAACUUGCAAAUCAUCGAAGAAUUCAUACUGGAGAGAAACCUUACAAGUGUAAUGAGUGUGGGAAAGCCUUCAGUGUUCGUUCAAGUCUGACUACCCAUCAGGCAAUCCAUUCUGGAGAGAAACCUUACAAAUGUAUUGAAUGUGGCAAGAGCUUCACUCAAAAAUCACACCUUAGAAGUCAUCGGGGAAUUCAUUCUGGAGAGAAACCUUACAAGUGUAAUGAGUGUGGUAAAGUCUUCGCUCAAACGUCACAACUUGCAAGGCAUUGGAGAGUUCAUACUGGAGAAAAACCUUACAAGUGUAAUGACUGUGGCAGAGCCUUUAGUGAUCGUUCAAGCCUAACUUUUCAUCAGGCAAUACAUACUGGAGAGAAACCUUACAAAUGUCAUGAAUGCGGCAAGGUUUUUAGGCACAAUUCAUACCUUGCAACUCAUCGGCGAAUUCAUACUGGAGAGAAACCUUACAAGUGUAAUGAGUGUGGGAAAGCCUUUAGUAUGCAUUCAAACCUAACUACCCAUAAGGUCAUCCAUACUGGAGAGAAGCCUUACAAAUGUAAUCAAUGUGGCAAGGUCUUCACUCAGAACUCACACCUUGCAAAUCAUCAAAGGACUCACACCGGAGAGAAACCUUACCGAUGCAAUGAGUGUGGGAAAGCCUUCAGUGUUCGUUCAAGCCUAACCACCCAUCAGGCAAUCCAUACUGGGAAAAAACCUUACAAAUGUAAUGAAUGUGGCAAGGUCUUUACUCAAAAUGCGCACCUGGCAAAUCACCGAAGAAUUCAUACUGGGGAGAAACCUUACAGGUGUACAGAGUGUGGGAAAGCCUUUAGGGUAAGAUCAAGUCUAACUACCCAUAUGGCAAUCCACACUGGAGAAAAGCGUUACAAAUGUAAUGAGUGUGGCAAGGUCUUCAGGCAGAGUUCAAAUCUUGCAAGUCAUCACAGAAUGCAUACCGGAGAGAAACCUUACAAAUGAGUGUGGUGAGGUCAUUAGGUACAGUUCACUCCUUUCACAUCAGUUAAUUCAUUCUUGACAGAAUCCUUACAAAUGCAGUGACAGUGGCCAAUCCCUCAUGAGUUGAAGCAUUAAUAGAUAUGAGAGGCCAUAAGCAAGAGACAUCAUGUAAACAUAUGUGGCAGAGGGUCUAUCCAGGCCUUGCAGGUUACUAGGCAUCAAGAUUUAUAUCUUUGAUGAAACGAAACAAAUGUAAUAUGUAUCCUGAGGCCAUUACCCAGUGACUGAUGGUAAGUGAGGAUUCCUAUGAGGAAUAACAGUCUCUGGUUUCCCUGUUUGCCUUUGAUAUUAUACACUGUAGAAUACUCACAAGUCCAAAAAUGCUAAAAAUUAUAUAUUUUUAACUCACAUAUGAAAAGGUUGCAGGAUAUUUGUAGGCAGUCAGUUACCUUCACCUUAUGAAAUGUUUCACUGAGUUAUUUAAGGUUUUUUGGAAAGCCUACUAUUGAGUUUCAAUGUGAACUUUGAAAUCUUAUUGUGCAUCCUUACACACCUUCCAUGGUGCUUUCUUGGAAAGAUCAUUGGGAUGGAAGGAUCGUUGAUUGGGUGAAGAUCAUUGAUUAUUGAUUGGGUGAAGGAUUAUUUCUAUCCAGUUUGUGAAGAAGGAGGACUUUGCUUUUAAAAUUCAGUAUCAUCUGAAUUAGCAUUUGGGAGUGGCGAAAAACAAUGUAAAACUAUGAUGUCACUCACCAUUCUGAUAAUGUUCAGGGUGCCUUUCUCCUACCAGGAGAGUACUGUGGCUUAGAGGAAAGAAAUGGUCUAUCAACUGAACAUGAAAUGGAGCAGGCCAAGACCUUAGGACAUUGGGAUUUUUGUGGGAGGAGAGUAAUAGGUAAUUAGACACUGAUUGUGUGGUAGAAAUACUGCAGGGGAAAAGGUCGCCCUCUUAUCCAUCAAAGAGCAAUACCUGUUGUUUAGCAAAGAGUGAUGAAAAAUUGAUCUUGUUUUGAAAUUGAAGAGAGAGGCCACCGCGCCAGUGGCUCACACCUGUAAUCCCAGCACUUUUGGGAGGCUGAGGCAGGUGGAUCACCUGAGGUCGGGAGUUCGAGACCAGCCUGACCAACAUGGAGAAACCCCAUCUGUGCUAAAAAUACAAAAUUAGCCGGGUGUGGUGGCAGGUGCCUGUAAUCCCAGCUACUUGGGAGGCUGAGGCAGGAGAGUCGCUUGAACCCAGGAGGCAGAGGUUGUGGUGAGCCAAGAUCAUGCCACUGCACUCCAGCCUGGGCAACAAGAACAAAACUUCAUCUAAAGAAGAAAAAGAAAGAAACUGAAGACAGAGUAGUUGUCAGAGUGAAGAGUUUAAUCAACAGAAGUAGAGUAACAUAUUCUUUAGUAGAACUCACAUUAUCUGCUUGAAGCACAUUUUGCUAAUGUUUUAUUCAGAAUGUAUCAUAGAUAUAAUGUUUGAACUAAUAAAAUAGAAUGGUUUUUCUCUA